AACCUGCUCCGACACAUGAUUGUGAUGCUAAAGGAGCGCAGUCACAUCCCAGGAGGUACCUCGGUGACUUUGUCGAUUGUGAGCUGCCUCACCAUGGACCUGUGCAAACUAGCUUUGCUCCUGGGAGCCCUAACCUGCACUGCAUCCAAGCCUCCCACCCUCAUCCCACAUCUGACCUGUUUCACCGGUAAAGGUGAAGCAUACCGAGGCACCACUGCUGUAACUGAAUCUGGCAAAACAUGCCAGAGCUGGUCGGCUCAGACGCCACACCAACAUAGCCGUACACCAGACAACUAUCCUGACAAAGGCCUGGUUAGCAACUACUGUCGUAACCCUGACAAUGAGAGGAGACCCUGGUGUUACACUACUGACUCUGAAAGCCGCUGGGAGUACUGCAGUGUGCCACGCUGUGAGGAUGCAGCCAGACCAGCAUCCAAGCCUCCCACCCUCAUCCCACAUCUGACCUGUUUCACUGGUAGAGGCCAAGCAUACCGAGGCACCACUGCUGUAACUGAAUCUGAAAAAACAUGCCAGAGCUGGUCGGCUCAGACACCACACCAACACGACCGCACGCCACACAACAAUCCCGGAAAAGGCCUGGUUCACAACUACUGUCGUAACCCCGACAAUGAGGGGAGUCCCUGGUGUUACACUACUGACCCCGACAGCCGCUGGGAGUACUGUGAUGUGCCAAGCUGUGAGGAUGGAGUUGGACCAGCAUCCAAGCCUCCCACCCUCAUCCCACAUCUGACCUGUUUCACCGGUAAAGGUGAAGCAUACCGAGGCACCACUGCUGUAACUGAAUCUGGCAAAACAUGCCAGAGCUGGUCGGCUCAGACACCACACCAACACGACCGCACGCCAGACAACAAUCCUGGAAAAGGCCUGGUUAGCAACUACUGUCGUAACCCUGACAAUGAGAGGAGACCCUGGUGUUACACUUCUGACUCUAAAAGCCGCUGGGAGUACUGCAGCGUGCCACGCUGUGAGGAUGCAGCCCAACCAGCAUCCAAGCCUCCCACCCUCAUCCCACAUCUGACCUGUUUCACUGGUAGAGGCCAAGCAUACCGAGGCACGACUGCUGUAACUGAAUCUGGGAAAACAUGCCAGAGCUGGUCGGCUCAAACGCCACACCAACACGACCGCACGCCAGACAACAAUCCCGGAAAAGGCCUGGUUCACAACUACUGUCGUAACCCCGACAAUGAGGGGAGUCCCUGGUGUUACACUACUGACCCUGACAGCCGCUGGGAGUACUGCGAUGUGCCAAGCUGUGAGGAUGGAGUCGGACCAGCAUCCAAGCCUCCCACCCUCAUCCCACAUCUGACCUGUUUCACCGGUAAAGGUGAAGCAUACCGAGGCACCACUGCUGUAACUGAAUCUGGCAAAACAUGCCAGAGCUGGUCGGCUCAGACACCACACCAACACGACCGCACGCCAGACAACAAUCCCGGAAAAGGCCUGGUUAACAACUACUGUCGUAACCCUGACAAUGAGAGGAGACCCUGGUGUUACACUUCUGACUCUAAAAGCCGCUGGGAGUACUGCAGUGUGCCACGCUGUGAGGAUGCAGCCCAACCAGCAUCCAGGCCUCCCACCAUGAUCCCACAUCUGACCUGUUUCACCGGUAAAGGUGAAGCAUACCGAGGCACCACUGCUGUAACUGAAUCUGGCAAAACAUGCCAGAGCUGGUCGGCUCAGACGCCACACCAACACGACCGCACGCCACACAACAAUCCCGGAAAAGGCCUGGUUAACAACUACUGUCGUAACCCUGACAAUGAGAGGAGACCCUGGUGUUACACUACUGACUCUAAAAGCCGCUGGGAGUACUGCAGUGUACCACGCUGUGAGGAUGCAGCCGGACCAGCAUCCAAGCCUCCCACCCUCAUCCCACAUCUGACCUGUUUCACCGGUAAAGGUGAAGCAUACCGAGGCACCACUGCUGUAACUGAAUCUGGCAAAACAUGCCAGAGCUGGUCGGCUCAGACGCCACACCAACACGACCGCACGCCACACAACAAUCCCGGAAAAGGCCUGGAUAACAACUACUGUCGUAACCCUGACAAUGAGAAGAUGCCCUGGUGUUACACUACUGACCCUGACAGCCGCUGGGAGUACUGCAGUGUGCCAAGCUGUGAGGAUGCAGUCGGACCAGCAUCCAAGCCUCCCACCCUCAUCCCACAUCUGACCUGUUUCACUGGUAAAGGUGAAGCAUACCGAGGCACCACUGCUGUAACUGAAUCUGGCAAAACAUGCCAGGGCUGGUCGGCUCAGACGCCACACCAACACGACCGCACGCCAGGCAACAAUCCCGGAAAAGGCCUGGAUAACAACUACUGUCGUAACCCUGACGAUGAGAAGAUGCCCUGGUGUUACACUACUGACCCUGACAGCCGCUGGGAGUACUGCAGUGUGCAGAGCUGUGAGGAUGCAGCCCGACCAGCAUCUGAACCUCCCACCGUCAUCCCAGAUCAGACCUGUGUCACCGAUAAAGGUGAAGCAUACCGAGGCACCACUGCUGUAACUGAAUCUGGCAAAACAUGCCAGAGCUGGUCGGCUCAGACGCCACACCAACAUAGCCGCACACCAGACAACUAUCCUGACAAAGGCCUGGUUAACAACUACUGUCGUAACCCUGGCAAUGAGAAGAAACCCUGGUGUUACACUACUGACCCUAACAGCCGCUGGGAGUACUGCAGUGUGCCGCGCUGUGAGGAUGCAGCCCGACCAGAUCAGACCUGUGUCACCGGUAAAGCUGAAGCAUACCGAGGCACCACUGCUGUAACUGAAUCUGGCAAAACAUGCCAGAGCUGGUCGACUCAGACGCCACACCAACAUAGCCGCACACCAGACAAGUAUCCCGGAAAAGGCCUGGUUAACAACUACUGUCGUAACCCUGGCAAUGAGAAGAAACCCUGGUGUUACACUACUGACCCUAACAGCCGCUGGGAGUACUGCAGUGUGCCGCGCUGUGAGGAUGCAGCCCGACCAGAUCAGACCUGUUUCACCGGUAAAGGUGAAGCAUACCGAGGCACCACUGCUGUAACUGAAUCUGGCAAAACAUGCCAGGGCUGGUCGGCUCAGACGCCACACCAACAUAGCCGCACACCAGACAACUAUCCCGGAAAAGGCCUGGUUAACAACUACUGUCGUAACCUUGAUGAUGAGAAGAAACCCUGGUGUUACACUACUGACCCUGACAGCCGCUGGGAGUACUGCAGUGUGCAGAGCUGUGAGGAUGCAGUCCGACCAGCAUCCGAACCUCCCACCAUCAUUCCAGAUCAGACCUGUUUCACCGGUAAAGGUGAAGCAUACCAAGGCACCACUGCUGUAACUGAAUCUGGCAAAACAUGCCAGGGCUGGUCGGCUCAGACACCACACCAACACAGCCACACACCAGACAACUAUCCUGACAAAGGCCUGGUUAACAACUACUGUCGUAACCCUGAUAAUGAUAAGAAUCCCUGGUGUUACACUACUGACCCUGACAGCCGCUGGGAGUACUGCAGUGUGCAGAGCUGUGAGGAUGCAGCCCGACCAGCAUCCGAACCUCCCACCGUCAUCCCAGAUCAGACCUGUGUCACCGGUAAAGGUGAAGCAUACCGAGGCACCACUGCUGUAACUGAAUCUGGCAAAACAUGCCAGAGCUGGUCGGCUCAGACGCCACACCAACAUAGCCGCACGCCGGACAAAUAUCCCGGAAAAGGCCUGGUUAACAACUACUGUCGUAACCCAGACAAUGAGAGGAGACCCUGGUGUUACACUACUGACUCUGAAAGCCGCUGGGAGUACUGCAGUGUGCAGAGCUGUGAGGAUGCAGUCGGACCAGCAUCCACGCCUCCCACCCUCAUCCAAGAUCUGACCUGUUUCACCGGUAAAGGUGAAGCAUACAGAGGCACAAUUGCUGUAAGUGGAUCUGGCAAAACAUGCCAGAGCUGGUCGGCUCAGACGCCACACCAACAUAGCCGCACACCAGACAACUAUCCCGGAAAAGGCCUGGUUAACAACUACUGUCGUAACCCUGACGAUGAGAGGAUGCCCUGGUGUUACACGACUGACUCUGAAAGCCGCUGGGAGUACUGCAAUGUGCAGAGCUGUGACGAUGCAGUCGAAUCAGCAUCCACGCCUCCCUCCAUCAUCCCAGAUCAGACCUGUUUCACUGGUGAAGGUGAAGCAUACCAAGGCACCACUUCUGUAACUGAAUCUGGCAAAACAUGCCAGAACUGGUCGGCUCAGACACCACACCAACAUAGCCGCACACCAGACAACUAUCCUGACAAAGGCCUGGUUAACAACUACUGUCGUAACCCUGACAAUGAGAAGAAACCCUGGUGUUACACUACUGACCCUAACAGCCGCUGGGAGUACUGCAGUGUGCAGAGCUGUGAGGAUGCAGUCAGACCAGUGUACAUCCUGGAGUGUACAUUUGGAACAGGAAAACAAUACAGAGGAACAAAGUCCAAAACAAAAACAGGAAAGACGUGUCAGAGUUGGGCAGCAAGAUACCCACACACACCUAACUUCACACCGGAGGAAUAUCCCCGAGCAGACCUGGAGUCCAACUUCUGCAGGAACCCUGAUGGAGCCAGUGAGGGACCCUGGUGUUACACCACUGACCCAGACACCCGCUGGGAAUACUGCGAUGUAGCCACCUGCACUGAUGAGUGUAUGCACUGCAAUGGUGAGGACUACAGAGGAAACAUCUCCAUUACAGAAGACAGUUACACCUGCCAACGCUGGGACUCCCAGGAACCUCACAGCCAUGGCUAUGACCCUCACGUUCUUUCAGAUAAAGAUCUUGUAGAGAACUUCUGCAGAAACCCUGAUGGUGAACGCCAACCAUGGUGCUUCACCACCGAUCCGUCCACACGAUGGGACUAUUGCACCAUACCCCGCUGCACAUCCAAGCCUCCAACCAUCGUCCCAGAGCUGACCUGUGUCAAUGGUAACGGUGAAGCGUACAGAGGCACGAUUGCCGUGACUAAAUCUGGCAAAACAUGCCAGAGCUGGUCGGCUCAGGAGCCACACCAACACGACCGCACGCUUGACAACUUUCCUUGCAAAGGCCUGGAUGAGAACUACUGUCGUAACCCCGACAAUGAGGAGAUGCCCUGGUGUUAUACCACUGACAGUGAAACUCGCUGGGAGUACUGCAACUUGGAAAAAUGCACGACCGAUACACCCACAACCACACCUGAUCCCCAGUCCCAUACAACUACUACAGCUGAACCACAAAAAGACUGUAAGACUGGAAAUGGAGAAACAUACCGGGGUCCAACCUCCAUCACCACUGAGGGUGUGACCUGCCAGGCCUGGAGUGCUCAGAGCCCUCACCAACACAAAAGCUUCACCCCAGAAACUCACCCUGACAAGGGGCUGGAGGGAAAUAGCUGCAGAAACCCAGACAGUGAUGCGAGCGGACCGUGGUGCUAUACUACUGACAAUAACAAAAAAUGGGACUACUGUCACAUCCCAAACUGUGUUGAUUCGAAAUGUGGGACACCAGUCAUCACACCAAAGCGUUGUUUUGGUCGGAUCGUGGGAGGCUGCGUGUCUAAACCUCACUCGUGGCCCUGGCAAAUCAGCCUCCAGACCACUGGGGGAUUUCAUUUCUGUGGAGGAAGUCUGAUUCACCCUCAGUGGGUCCUUACUGCUGCACACUGCCUGGGCAAAUCUGAGGACCCUUCAUACUACAAGGUAUUCCUGGGUGUCCACACAAAGUCAGGCAAUGAGCCAUCGCAACAGGAAAGGAACGUGGAGAAACUGAUGCGCGUGCCCAACAACGCCGACAUUGCUCUGCUCAAACUGCAGAGCCCUGCAUUAAUAAACGACAAAGUCCUGCCAGUUUGUCUGCCAGAGCAGGACUACAUUGUUCCUGCUAGAACUGAGUGUUAUGUCACCGGAUGGGGUCAAACCCAAGGUACGGGAGGUGAAGGUGUCCUGAAGGAAACUGGGGUUCCUGUGAUCGAGAACAAGGUCUGUAAUCGUCCAUCGUACAUGAACGGCUUAAUCAAGGACCAUGAGAUGUGUGCUGGAAUCAACGAGGGAGGAAUGGACACCUGCCAGGGUGACAGCGGUGGUCCCCUGGUGUGUAAUAGCCAGAACAGUUACAUCCUGCAGGGUGUGACUUCAUGGGGUGCUGGAUGCGCCACUCCUAUGAGACCCGGCAUCUACGCUCGAGUCUCCAAGUUUGUCAACUGGAUCAACAAAGCCAUCAAUGAAAAUUAAAAACCAUCCACCUAAAAAUAAUCCAGUAGCUUCAGUCGCAGAAAGUGACAUUGUGCUCUUUUAAGAUACUUUAUCAUGCAUGUACCGUUCUGCUCCAACAUGACUACUUCAGUUUGUUUCCUGGUCUUGUCUGAUGUCAACAGGUGUUUUGUUUUCUCUCAUGUAAACAAAAUAAGACAAUCACAUGUCUGGUUUUGGCAUGUAAAGGUGUCUCUCUGUAAGAGCUGAAAAAUAAAACUUAAUACAAAUGAAA